GAAGGAGGCUACAGGGGAGGCUUCAUUUCGGUGUGAGUCUGGCAGACAGCGGCACGGCCCUUUUCCUCACCACACCAAGACACCGGCUGCCUUCCUCUCCUUCCCUGCCCUAUUUCCACCGUUUCCUCAGCCCCGUUUACUAUUCGGCUUCACAAUGGCCUCUGGUGUUAUGGUUGAUGAUGAUGUCAUCAAGACUUUCAACGAUAUGAAAGUCCGCAAGUCAUCUACCCCAGAAGAGAUCAAGAAACGCAAGAAGGCUGUGCUGUUCUGCUUAAGUGAUGACAAGAAAAGCAUCAUCUUAGAGGAAGGGAAGGAGAUCUUAGUGGGAGACAUCGGUAGUACUGUUGAAGACCCCUACAAGUGUUUUGUGGACAUGCUUCCCCGGGAUGACUGCCGUUAUGCUUUGUAUGAUGCCACCUAUGAAACAAAGGAGACCAAGAAAGAGGAUCUGGUUUUCAUCUUCUGGGCUCCUGAUGAUGCUCCACUGAAAAGCAAAAUGAUCUAUGCCAGUUCUAAAGAUGCAAUCAAGAAGAAAUUCACAGGUAUCAAGCAUGAGUGGCAGGUAAACCAUAAAGAAGACAUCAAGGACCGCACUACUCUUGCUGAGAAACUCGGGGGCAACACUGUCACUUCUCUUGAAGGAAAACCCUUGUGAAGACCUACUUUUGCCUCUUUCCCAGUGUCUGUGCCACUUAAAGGGGCUUCCAUGUACCCGUUAUCCCAAACAGUGUCCCUCCGCUGUCGUAAAUACUCGCAUUCUCUCGGAUGUGGGGCACGUUCACUCUACAAGCAGUUAUCACCUUAAGACAGCCCCUUUAGACAGGCACAGCAUUCCCUCGGUAACCUGUCUUGUCAUGAUUCACUUAGGAUUUGUUUUUGUCUUGAUUCAAAGGUAUCUCUUCAUCCCAUCUUCUCUAUCGCACGCAUUUCUUCUCCCAACAAUCUGCACUUGAGUUAUUUGCCAAAUGCAUCCUGGCUUCUUGUUUACCAUCCCCUGACUUCUCUGUCAAACUAAGGUCUUGCAAAAGUUUAUGCUCUCGCUAGUUUCUUUGUAACCAGUUCAGAGAAGUCAGGAUUUGGUUUCAGGCAGCUGCCAAGUCUCUUGCUUGGGGGUUACCUCUAAACAUUCCUAGACCCACAUAAUGGUUAAUUCUAUCUUCAUUCCUGUUAAAUUGGGCAACUUCCAAAAUUCCAUAACAUUCCUGUCAAUCAAUUACUCUGGCACUUCCAAUGGCAUAAGACCUAUUGGCAUCCCUUGCAGUUAUCUUUGCUUCCCCAAGGCACUUUUCUAAUAGCGGAAUUUAAUGGGAAGCUUCUGUAGAGCACUAUUUCAGAUAAAAAUGCCCUUAAUUUAAUGUACAUUUGAGAUUAUGGGACACGACCCCUUUCCUAGACCUGCAUUCCAUAUUUCAUUUUUGAAAUAGAUGGCCGCAUAAACAAUAUUUUGCCAAUUUCCCUCUGCAAAUGUAUGACCCCUCAGAAUAGGUUAAGGGUCAUCUAUUGGGGAGGGUGUAGAUUGUCUGAAGCCUUCACCCCUAGUACCUUUCAUCCAUUCCCUUUGAAGUUUCAACAUUCAUUGCGGUCUUGAAUUCCUUUUGUCUUGCGUUACUAAUAUGGAAGUCAUAAUGGCAGAUCCGACAUUAAUAAACCUGUAAAAGGA